GGGAUGAGACAGUCAUUAUAACCAAAAAAUCAUAAUAUUUUGACGUUUCACCGGAUGGGCGUUUUAUAGUUGAAAUCUAUAUUCGUUUAUAUUUAUAUACAUCAUAUAAUUUAAUGAAGGGAUCAAAGAUAUUUAUUUAUAUACAGCACCUUUUAAGCCAUUGUGAAUAAUUUGGUGAUAAAUUAUGAUCAAACAGCGAUCAAUUUUUAAUGUUUGAUUGUUUAACUGAUGGCUCCAUUAAUUGAUCUGAUUUCCUGCAGUAUAAUUGAAAAGGAUUGCAAUGGAGAUACACUUUGGGCAUGGACCUAUCCGUCAGUAUCAAAGGCCCAGAAAUCAGUCGUCACACGAAAAUGUAAUCUACAAUCAGAGAACUGCAGUGCACAGUCCUUCGUUUGUGCCAGAUACAAAGACAAUUGGUUCUACAUCUACUGCAGUGAAGUCUUUGAUACAGAUAAAUUGCCCAGGGUGAAACAAUUUGCUCUGAUUGUUUUUACGAAAGACUUCAAUCCUACGAAGUACGAAGUGUUGUGUAGAGUUCUGAGUAAAAUGUACUGCAAGACUGGUAAUCCAACAGAAAUACUGCAAUUGUAUUUGUCAGUAUUUACAAAAGGCUCGUGCACAACACAAGAAAAUGGAAUUUUUAUGUCAGACGAUUACAAUGGCCAACGAUUGGUAGUCGACAGUAAUAUUCGAGGGCUUGUGAAAACAUUUGAACUUGAAACGAUAUUGAUUUAUACAGCAUUAUUAUUAAAAAAAAGGAUAAUUGUUUAUCAUCACAGUUUGGAGCAACUAUUCAAAUGGAUCAAGACAUUCCCAGCUUUAAUGAAACAUAGAAAAGUUACGGAAAAUCUUUUUCCUUGGGUGGAUUUGGUGCCAGAUGAAUUGGCUGAAUUGAGGGAAUAUGUUUAUUACAUAGCUGGUUGCAGAGAUAGUUCCAUCUCCUCAAGACCAGAAUUGUACGAUUUACUGGUGAACAUUCCUGCAAGAGAAAUUACCGUUGCUCCACAUGCGAAAGAAAGUCUUACAAUGACCAAAACACAUAAAGAAAUUGCUUUAUUUAUGGUACAAUUGGUGGAAAAUCAGGGAAAUACUGAGGCUCAAAUAAUUCAUGAAAUUGCGGAAAAAACUCAGGAUCUUUUGAAUCAAUUGAAAAGUUUAGCUGCCGUCGAUAAUACUGAUGAUAGGAAAAUCAUAAAGCUUGGUACUUUGCGUGAACGCAAUUUGCCACCGGCUGUUGAAAACUUUCUCAUCAACCUGGCCACGGCAGAGAAUAUUUUCGCUGUGUAAAUAUUUGUUAUUAAGGAAUAAAAAAAAUUUAAUGAGAA